AUGUCCGUCAACCACCUCACUCGCCAAAUCAUGGACAACCCGCAGGUAGUCGACAUCACUGGGGCCCAGAUGGUCCUUGUGAUGAAGCUCUCUGCUUUUUGCUGGAACGUACAUGAUGGCCGCUUGCCUCAAGACCAGCUGUCGGAUCCGCAGAAAUAUGCCGCAAUAACCAAGUUUCCACCAGUCCUGGACUACGCGGGCUAUGUCCUGUUCUUUCCAGGUCUCUUUGGUGGACCCGCAUUUGACUAUGUUGCGUACCGUCGAUGGAUCGACACUACACUCUUCGAAGUACCGCCAGGCUCUGAUCCGUCCAAGGUGCCACGCACCCGAAAGAAGCGCAAGAUUCCUCGGAGCGGGACUCCUGCUGCCAAGAAAGCAGUGACGGGUUUGACAUGGAUCGUGGUUUUUCUGCAACUUGGGUCAAGUUACAAUAAAGAUACCCUGUUGGACCCUUCUUUCUUGGAUUAUUCAUUCCUCCGACGAGUCUGGAUUAUACAUGCCUUAGGAUUCACGACACGGGCGAAAUACUAUGGCGUGUGGACCCUGACUGAAGGUGCCUGUAUUCUGUCAGGAAUGGGAUAUAACGGGUUUGAUCCCAAGACGGGCAAAGUAUUCUGGAAUAGACUAGAGAACAUCGACCCCUGGAAACUUGAGACGGCUCAGAACUCGCAUGCCUACUUGGGAAGCUGGAACAAGAACACCAACCACUGGCUGCGGAACUAUGUCUACUUGCGCGUCACUCCCAAGGGGAAGAAGCCCGGGUUUCGGGCUAGUUUGGCGACAUUCACGACCAGCGCCUUUUGGCACGGCUUCUAUCCUGGAUAUUACUUCUCAUUUGUUCUAGGUUCUUUCAUCCAGACUGUGGCCAAGAACUUCCGACGUCAUGUUAGGCCCUUCUUCCUCUCUCCAGAUGGGGGUACACCUGGCCCUUACAAGCGUUUUUACGACUUUGCCAGCUGGCUCGUAACCCAAGUCACCAUGUCUUUCGUUGUUCUGCCGUUCAUCUUUUUGACGUUUUCUACUUCGACGUAUGUCUGGCAAACCGUCAACUAUUACGGCGUCAUUGCCGUCGUUGCGUCUCUCGUCUUCUUCGCUUCGCCAGCGAAGGGCUUUCUCCUCAAGAAAUCGAGAUCGCGCGCCGAGCGUCCCAAGGCCGUACGCUCAACGAGCACGGAAAGCAUCCAAGAACCAACCCUUGGUCUUCCAAACGACGCCAUUCAGGAAUUUGAUGAUGCAGUGCAGGAGAUCAAAUCCGAGAUUGAGUCCAGACGCAGAAAGGGCAGCGUAGUCACGAUGCCUACAGGCGAUGAACUCAAGGCUGCCAUUGAAGACAAGAUUGGCCGUACACUCGGAUAA